AUGAAGAACAAGAAGUUGUGGAAAACGCUCUUGAGGCAUUCAUUUGCUUGCGGCCGGGCUUGGGCUAUUUCUGCAGAAGGCUUUAUCCACUCCAGUUUGAGAGUUGAUACGUGGGAUUUGUCCCAAGACCUAGAUUCCUUCCACCAAUUUGAGAGGGCUCGUGCAGUGAGAAAUUAUGAGGGUGGAAGAAGUAACAGGCAUUUGAGAGUUGAUAUGUGGGAUUUGAGCCCAAGUACUAGAUUCCUUGGGUCUUUAGACCUUAUAGAGAGCUUAUCUGUGGGAUUUGUGAACGAAGGCCCAGAUCUCUUGGGUGGGUCAAUAGACUAG